AUGAGUGUUCAUGACUAGUUUGUGUCUGACACUUGGCCUAUGUCAGUGUAUGGGAAAUGAGUGGUCAUGUAAAGAUAAUGUAUCCUCAGGUGUCUAUAUCACCAACAGCAAGAACGUGGCUUUCCCUGAUGCUGGUUGUUGCCAUUCACCCAUCUGAUGCAGGAGCUGCAUGUGGAAACACACCAUGUGGACCCUCCCUACAGAGAAGUCUGAAACUAACCCGACUAAUGCACAAGGAAUCUGGAGACCUCUUAAAAACAUAUAAGGCCAGUCAAGGGGAUCAGUCUGACCUGUUCUGCCAGAAGUCAAGCAACAUCGUCCCUGAUCCAAUCAUCUCUGGCCUUGACCCCUCGGAGAGGAUAUUGAGCAUCUACUCCCACUGUAAGACUUUCUUACCACAUCUGACGAGGGUUACCGAACAACAGACAGACUUGCAGCCACCUUCUAGCCCACUGCUGAACCAACUCUUAACUGCCCAGAAUCGCAUCAGUGGUCUGGGCAAUCAAAUAAACUGCCUUUACCAAACCCUCUUUCCAAACCUGCCCAUCCCUCCUGAACCUGUAGAUGGACCUAUGUCGGUACCCCCCCCACAGAAUGUGUUCCAACAGAAGAUCUAUGGCUGUGUGGUUCUGAAGAGAUUCAAGGAGUUUCUGGCAAAUUCUGCACGUGAACUUAAGACCAUUAAGGACCAGAUGUGCUCAAGAAGGAAAACAUUUGGACAUGCAAAUGCACUGUUUUGAGGCUAACUUUCUAUUUAUUGUAUUUAUUAUUUAUUUUUACGUGGGUUAAUAAGUUAAGGAAGCUCAUUGCUGUCACAGAACAAAAAAAAGACUGGGCCAAAGGUUUCUUUAGCUGCAAGUAGGGAGUAGGGUUGGAAAACACCAAUUCCCUGGUUUUUCGAAAAUCCCUCUUGGAUUAUUCAUAGAAUGAGAAAAUGAGCAGGACAUCUGGAAUCUAUUAACAGGAUUUCUGGGAAACUAUGGAAUUCAUUGAUUGGAAUUUUGCAACCCUAGUACGGAGUUAUAGAAAUGCAUAAAAAACAUGUCAUUUUCUCAUUGAUAAUGUAUUAAAUUGUGUUAAUAUUACCUUGCAUUUUUCUGUACAGUUUGGUAUGUCAUUAAUAUUAAAUAAAUGUAUUUUGUCAA